AUGGCGUCUUCUGGAACAAUUCAGUCGCUUCAGCGGCAACAUCCCCUGCAGCGCCUGUCCAGCCCGUCCAGAGGCUUCUCGGCCUUGGUUCAUUCUCUAGGUCUAGCCAGCUUCUUCUUCUCAUUCAAGUACAUGCACGAGAACCCCAAUGUGGCUAAUGAAGCAUAUGGUUGGCAUUUCCAGUACCUGACGGUCAUUGGGCUGACGCUGGCCACGCUCACCUUUACCGCCGGUCUGCUGGCGGAUAUGACGUUAUCGGCUCGGCUAUUUUUAGUCAAGAACCUUCUUUCUGUAUGCAGCGCUCCAAUGGAAGUGUUGAUCAGCAUCCUAUAUUGGGGGAUCCGUUUGAUUGAUAAGCGUUUGGUUGUUCCUGAUUGGGUGAUACUUCCCAUGCAUGCCGACGUCGGCUUCCAUGCUAUACCGUCUAUCGUUCUACUGAUUGACCUUCUUCUUCUUUCACCUCCUUGGACUAUUACUGUUCUUCCUGCACUGGCCCUGUCCAGCACCAUCGCUUUUGGAUACUGGUUCUGGAUCGAACGAUGCUUCCAAUACAAUGGAUGGUAUCCUUACCCCAUUUUUGAGGCUGUAGGAUUCGAGGGUCGCAUUGGACUCUUUGCCCUGAGCGCCGUUACAAUGGCGCUGAGCACGGGAACUCUCAAAUGGCUCUAUGGCCGCGUGAACGGAUACGGAACGAGCGCCAAAGCCCAGUCUCGCCCUGGCGCUAUCAAAAGCAACGGCAAUAUUUAA